GAGCAGGGCUGGAUACAUACUCUGCUGCCCUGAGUCUCUUCCUGAAAAGCAGGAAUGUAAAUCCAGAGGGAUUAGUGCGGACACGGUGUGGGCUGUAAACCCCUUCAGUAGCCCUCUGAGGGGUCUCUGCCUCAGUGCGUAAAGUGGGGACGGGGCUCCGGACGCAGAGCGCAGCUUCGUGUGUCACCUCUGCGGGAUACUCGACUCGGAGGAUUACUGAUACUCUGGAAACUACUGCCAUGUGAAAACAGCGGAGGGAGUUUAGCUGAUGUGAAGGAACAGAUCUUCUGUCCCGGAGCGCAGUGGGGACAUGGGUCAACUUUAUGGUGCGACUCUUUUACCAUUUGGCGCAAUCUGUGUUGUUUUCCUGUGGGAAUCCUGUGCCAGCUCUAUCAGGACGACAGAUGCAGUGGACACUUCGAGAGCGGAGUGUCCAGACAGUAAGAUCCUGACUGUGGAGUAUCCGUGUGUGCGAGCUGGGGGGAAGAACAGCACCUGUUUCAGGAGGAAGUGCUGCGACGGCUUCAGGUUUGUGAUGGGCCAGUGCAUCCCUGAAAACGUGGACGUGUGUGCAGCGUCGCCCUGCGAGCAGCAGUGCACUGAUAACUUUGGCCGAGUCGUCUGCACGUGUUACCCUGGCUACCGCUUCGACCGGGAGAGACACCGCCAACACAGAUCUCCGUACUGCCUGGACGUGGAUGAGUGUGAUCAGCCGGGCGGCAGCAUGUGUGACCACGAGUGUGUGAACACGGUGGGCAGCUUCCUGUGUCGCUGUCUCAGCGGCUUCAUUCUCGCCGCUGACCGACGCUCUUGCAUCGCCGUGCACAACUUGAGCUCGUCGGGGAAGUCGGACACUCUGAUGAGCGCCGGCUCCUGCUCGUUCACCUGUCACGACUUCAUGAGCAUGAAAAACAGUCUGCUGCAGAUCAAACUGCGGAUAGGAAACACGCAGUCUCCCAACCAGGUACCGGGCCUGGCCAACAGCAGCGACAAGCCGUCUCUUCAUGGGCGUCAGGGAAAGGGUCCUGAUAACCCCUGUCUUCAUGGUCUACCCGGCCCUCCAGGAGCCCCCGGGGUCCCAGGACACCCAGGUGAACCAGGAAAGAGGGGGGAACCGGGGGAAUGGGGACCACCUGGUCCCAGAGGACCACGGGGAGACAUGGGACCCAUGGGUCCUGAGCCAGACCUUAAGCACAUCAAAAGAGGUCGCAGGGGGCCGGUGGGACCUCCUGGAGCAGCGGGGAGAGACGGACUAAAGGGUGACAGAGGAGCUCCUGGUCCCAGAGGACUACCUGGACCGCCCGGCUCCUUCGACUUCCUCCUGCUGAUGAUGGCCGACAUCCGCAACGACAUCAUCGAGCUGCAGGAGAAGGUGUUCGGGGAGCGCCGCGGAAUCUCUCUGGACAGUCCUCCUCACUCGAGUGGGGAAGUGGAUUUUGUAGAGUGGGGAUCCGGACAAGGAGAUCUACUGCUCAAAACCUGACGGCCUCCCCACACUGUAAAUAAUGAUUC